CUCCGGCCGGGGCAAGGGCCAAGUGCACGACCGGGGCCGCGACAGCGGUUCAAAAUCCGGGUCGAUGUCCACCAGGUGUGGCUGCUGAGCCGCUUCCGCCAUGGUCGAAAGCGUGAGUUCCUUCUGCGCUGUGCGCUCCUACGUAGGACGGAACAACUCACACCCACCAAUGAAAUGAACGCCUUGGCAAAACGAAAGUACAGUAAUAAGACACUGCGGGUGUUGCAUUAACCAACACCGCGCUCCCGCGGACAACAGCAUGUCUGAAGAACAGGACGUCAGACUUGUGUCCUGUGUUUCCUGACUCGGUGCUUCUAUUCGGCGAACUGAGAUCUUGUGGAAACUUGUUGCGCUGCUGAGGCGCAGCCUGACGUGGAGCGACUGCGCAGCAACGCAGUAACUGUGCUCACAACUGUUCUUCGUGAGGGAUUAACCUACACUACAGAGAUUAGGGGCUCAUGCCCUUUGAGUCACGAUGGCUCCACACCCUGUAAUUCAGGCGAUCAUCGACUUCUCAGCUGGGGCAGCAGGUGGUACAGCCUGUGUGCUGAGCGGUCAGCCAUUUGACACCGCAAAGGUGAAGAUGCAGACUUUCCCCACCAUGUACCGCGGCUUCAUCCACUGCUUCAUCUCAACUUUCAGACAGGUGGGACUCCGCGGUCUUUACAAAGGCACAACGCCAGCCCUGAUAGCCAACAUUGCUGAGAACGCUGUGCUCUUCUUGAGUUAUGGGCUGUGCCAGGAUGUGGUCCGCUUUAUGUUAAGGAUGGACAAAGGUGCUGAUCUCAGCGAUAUUCAGAAGGCAUCUUCGGGGUCUUUAGCCUCCAUCUUCUCCUCCAUGGCAUUGUGCCCCACGGAGCUGGUGAAAUGCCGUCUGCAGGCCAUGCAUGAAAUGGAAGCUUCUGGCAAGGUGGCAAGAGGACAGAAGAGCACAGUGUGGACCGUGGUUAAGACCGUGCUGAAGACAAACGGUCCUUUAGGAUUCUACCAAGGACUGACGUCCACCAUCGUGAGGGAGAUUCCGGGUUACUUCUGCUUCUUUGGAGCCUACGAAUGGUCUCGGUCCACAUUCGCACAACACAUGGGCACAGACAAAGAUAGUAUAGGUAUCCUUCCGAUCAUGUUCAGUGGUGGAUUCGGAGGUGCUUGCCUUUGGUUGGUCGUCUAUCCAAUAGACUGUGUAAAGUCCAGGAUCCAGGUGUACUCCUUAGCUGGGAGGCAAGAGGGCUUCAUGAAGACCUUCAUGGGUGUUAUACGCACUGAAGGGGUCACUGCUCUGUACUCUGGAUUAACUCCUACAAUGGUGCGUACCUUCCCUGCUAACGGCGCCCUCUUCCUGGCUUAUGAGUUUAGUCGCAAGUUUAUGAUGGAUGCAGUCGGUGCCUGAUGUGAGGCAAAUAUUCUGCUCAGAAAAGUAACAACAUGAGUGCUGCGUGCUGGCUGUUUGAAAUAAAGUAUUCAUCUUGACAAGCCUUCAAGUCUUAGUACUUCAGUACUUUUAAAUAUGCUGCACCUCUGCCACCCCCCCGGCCUGAAACGUAGGUUUCAUUUGUAAGGCCCCCACAGUCACCACAGGUUCCUUACACUUU